CUGACCGGUCUCGAGGCGCGCCGGUGUCGCGCGCUGCUGGUGGGCAGUGCGCCGUCACGAGCUGAAGGUGUCAUGAAACGAAGAAAACUCACUCGCGGAGGGGAAGAUCGCUGUUUAUAGCAGCGCGCAUGGGAACACAGGAGAAACUGGAUUAGCUUGCUCGAUUACAAUGGCCAAAAACACAUCUCUUUAUUUUCGUAUUGUCGAGGGCAGGAACCUCCCGGCCAAAGACGUCUCCGGAACCAGUGAUCCAUACUGCAUUGUAAAAGUUGACAAUGAAGUUGUGGCCAGGACCGCCACAGUGUGGAAGAACCUUAAUCCUUUCUGGGGGGAAGAGUACACUUUGCAUCUCCCGAUGGGGUUUCAUUCACUCUUGUUUCUUGUUAUGGAUGAGGACACAAUUGGGCACGAUGAUGUUAUUGGAAAGAUUACGCUGAACAAAGAAGCCAUUGGAUCUCAAGUUAAAGGGCUAGAUUGCUGGCUAAAUCUCACAAAGGUUGACCCUGAUGAAGAAGUCCAAGGAGAGAUCCAUCUGAGCCUGGAGCUACUUAAAGAUACAGAGAAGAUCAAUCUGCGGUGUCAAGUAAUUGAAGCCAGAGACUUGGCUCCAAGAGACAUUUCUGGAACCUCUGAUCCCUUUGCAAGAGUUAUUUUCAACAACCACAGUGCAGAGACCUCGAUCAUCAAGAAGACCCGUUUUCCUCACUGGGGUGAGACCUUAGAGCUGGAGUUGGAUCCAGAGGAGCUGUCUGAGGAGGGAACUGUUACGGUACAGGUCUGGGACUGGGACAUGGUGGGCAAGAAUGACUUUCUGGGAAAGGUGGAAGUCCCCUUUGCUUGUUUGCAUAAGACACCUCAGUUAGAGGGAUGGUUUCGUUUGCUACCCUUGGGAAACAAUGAGGUUGAUGCUGGUGGCAAGCUUGGAGCACUGCGUCUCAAGGUGCGUCUGGUGGAGGAUCAGAUCUUGCCAUCCAUGUACUAUCAGCCACUCAUCGACCUUCUGGUUGAGUCGGUAAUCUCCCCUGCAGAGGUGGAGGAUAGCAGUGCUCUGACCAUGCUGGAGGAGGUGACCACGGUUGAGAGCAGACAGGAUGUGGCAAUGACUCUAGUGAAAAUCUACCUGGGACAAGGACUGGUGGUACCCUUUCUGGAUUACCUUAACACCAGGGAGGUCAACCACACUAGUGAUCCAAACACUUUAUUUCGAUCAAACUCACUUGCCUCCAAAGCCAUGGAACAGUUCAUGAAGGCUGUUGGCAUGCUGUAUCUGCACGAGGUGUUGAAGCCCAUCAUCAACCGCAUUUUUGAUGAGAAAAAGUACAUUGAACUUGACCCAUGUAAGAUCGACCUGAACCGCACAAGAAGGAUUUCAUUUAAGGGUGCAGUGUCAGAGGCUGAGGUGCGGGACAGCAGUGUGGAGAUGCUGCAGAGCUAUUUGACCAGCAUCAUUGAAUCAAUCGUGAGCUCAGUCGAUCAGUGUCCUCCUGUAAUGAGAGUGGCCUUCAAACAGCUGCACAAGAGAGUAGAGGAGCAAUUUACUGAGCCUGAGAAUGAGGAUGUGAAGUACCUGGCCAUCAGUGGAUUCUUCUUCCUGCGUUUUUUUGCUCCUGCAAUCCUUACACCUAAACUGUUUCAGCUGAGAGACCAGCACGCUGACACGCGUACAAGCAGAACUCUGUUACUACUAGCCAAGGCACUACAAAGCGUAGGCAACUUGGGGCUUCAGCUGGGCCACGGAAAAGAACAGUGGAUGGCACCUCUUCAUCCCAUCAUCCUUCGCAGUGUGGCUUCUGUCAAAGACUUCCUGGACAAGUUAAUUGACAUAGAUCAUGACACUGCAUCUGAAGUGCCUCAGAGGGCUGUGUUCACUGCUUCGGUCACAGUCAAAGAGGGGUAUCUCCACAAACACAAAGCAGAAGGACCCCAACUGUUAUCCCGCUUUGCAUUUAAAAAACGCUACUUCUGGUUGACAAGUGAGACGUUGUCUUAUGCCAAGACUCCUGAUUGGCAGGUGCGCUCUUCAGUUGCUAUUCAGUGUGUGUGUGCAGUGGAGAGGGUGGAUGAAAAUGCCUUUCAGCAGCAGAAUGUAAUGCAGGUCAUCACCCAGGACAAUGACGGACAGCUGCACACCAUAUACAUCCAGUGCAAGAAUGUAAAUGAGCUGAACCAGUGGCUUUCUGCAAUCAGAAAAGUCAGCAUCUACAACGAGCGCAUGCUGCCCUCUUUUCACCCGGGGGUUCAUCGCAGUGGCAAGUGGACCUGCUGCCUGCAGGUGGACCGAGCUGUUCCAGGCUGCAGUAGAACCCACUCAGCUGUGACACUUGGCGACUGGAGUGACCCACUGGAUCCUGAUGUAGAGACUCAGACAAUAUACAAGCAGCUUCUGCAGGGCAAAGACAAACUCAGGAAAAAAUAUCUGGAGAUGCCAGAUGGUGAUCAGACAGCAUGCAAUAAGGAAAAGAAGAUGAACUCUGACAUUCAACCAGAUGGUGCUGAAUGCAACGUUCAGCAAAUCAAGCCAUGUCAGAGCAUCGCUGCUCGGCUGCUGGUGGUGAUAGAGGAUCUGGAGAAGGCUCACGCUUCCUUCCAGUGCAGAGAAAAAGAGGACGCCACCAGUGUUAUUAUGAAUCCCUAGAGUGCACAUGUGGACUGGGAGCCAUUAAUGCCUGAAGGGGGGAAGGGCAGCAUCCUGUACCAACACAAGUGAGAAUCAGCUACCCGCUCUCUUGAUUGUCAAGGAGAAAAAGUGGCCACACGGUGCCACUUCUUCAAGCCUUUUAGUACAUUUCCUACAGGCUGUAAAGAGCAGAGGGAAUUCUGCCACUUUAAUCUUUUUGAUUCUCCGAGUGCCACCGACAAGAGUGCCGCAGGAAGAUUAUGAUACUUGACAAAAAGGCGGGGGCACAGGGACUUUGAAGCAUGAUCUGACUUGAUAUUUUUUAUGUAGAUAAUAAGCAAUCUGUUGCAUGGCCUGCAUCCACUUGUUGUGAAAUGUAAAAAAAUAAGCUUUUAUAUUUUGAGAUACUGUACAGGACCUAAGUCACACAUUUUUAUGCAAAAAGCUUGAUGUAGUGUAACCUACAGUACCUGAAUGUAAGGUGUUUUGGUAUUGCUAUUAUUAUCAAUGUUUUGUAUUUUUAUUGAGGCAAUUUAUCACCAUGGCCACAAUGUAGCAGUGACAAUAACAUUACAAGUUAUUCCACCAUGAGUUUAAUAAAUGGUGGUGCACAUGUCACAGUAUAAUGCCGCCUGUACAAUGAGCAAAAUUCUGAUUUCUGUUGUUGCUUCAGUCCCUUUACACAAAAACACAUGCUUUUGUUUGGUGCUAUGGCCAGUCAACUUAAAUGUUGUGAUGUAAUUCACUUUUUUAUAAUAAUGUCAUUCCUAAGAUGGGUAAUAUUUACCUGGCUAUAAUAUAAUGUCCACACACACACAAAUCUCAGUUUAUUUGAAAAAGAGGGGAAUUAACAAUUAUGAGAUACUCCUAUUUGCUAAGUUUACAUUUUUAGAGAUUUCGGUGCCACUACAUUUGGCUCAUGUGUUUGAGAUGCCAAAUUUGCUUUUAGGAAUUUAAAGAAAUUGAAUUUAAUUUAAAUUGAAAAUUUGUUUGAUCAUUCUGAAUAGAAAAAGUAGUUUUUCAGAGUCUGUUCCUUAAACAGUGUUCAGUUUAAUAAAAACAGAUCUGAGAUCAGUGAGAUGACCUCAGCACGCCGUCCAGCUUUAUUCUGAGCAUUCUUCGCACCUUAGGUGCACCACUACCAAACACAUGCCAGACAUUACAAUCAUCAUCCUUUACUGAGGUGGUCAUUACAAGUGUGUUGCUGUUUGCAGCUUUCCAAAUUUUGUUUUAUUAAUUUGCCACUCGAGUCAUAACUAGAGUAAGCAUUAGUGGAACAUUGUGUUCCCUGAAUAAGUGCUCUUGUUAUGAAAAGAAAAAAGAACUGCCUGUACUUUAUUUUGCAAAUUCAUCAUAAUGGUUUGUUCCAAGUAGGUUGUUACUGUGAACACAAUUAUAUUAUUCAAUAAA